CUUUCUUUUUUCUCUUACAUUUGAUUCUCAUUUCUUUUCAUGAUUGUUGUUAUUGUUUUUCUACUGACAGAUAAUUAAACUGUUCAACUGAUUUGGCUCGUUAAUCGAUGUGAUUUGAUUUUCGAGUUAAAUUAAUUCCAAUCAAUGUUUAACCUGAACAUCUAUGCUUUCCAAUGGUUAGUCUUUAACCAGAACAAAUAAUUGUUGGUCCAAUUAAUAAUUUGCCCUUACGAUUUGGCUAAUCUUUUUCAUCUUUAUCCUUUUGCUUUUGUGUCUUUUGUCAAAUUAAUUGUCUUUUUGUCUCUCUCUCUCUCUCUCUCUCUCUCUCUCUCUCUCUCUCUCAUUUUCUUUCUUUCUCUGUCUCUACUGUACUUUACAUCUGGUUCCUUUAACUCUCUGUUUGUGUGUCCAUCACUUUAUUGUUUUUCUCUUUAUUCUUUUUCAAUACUCAUCGUAUUAUUCACCAUUCCUAUUAUUUCUUGUUCGCCAUCCUUUUGACAUAUUUCUUCAUUGAUGAAUCAGAGUGAUGAUGGUAAAGUACGUGAAACAAAUGACCAGACAGAUUGUAGUGCCAAUUUGGAUCCACGGAUUGGUAUGAGAUUGGAAGAUCUUAAUAAAUGGACGGGUAAAAUAAACGCCUUGGAAAAGAGUUUUGAAGAAGCCAAUUCUAAUUUUCGUCUAAUUUUAAGUGAAUCAACUGACCGUCUCAAAUGUUUGGCCAUUAAAUUGGGUAAAUCGGUUGAAGAAUCAAGGCCCUAUUAUGAAGCAAAGGAAAGACUAAUCGAGGUUCAAGGAAAAUGUCAAAGAGCAGCAAUUAACUAUGAAAAAGCUUGUCAAGCUUAUCUUGAAGCUAAAGAGAGGAUUAAUUUGGCAGAGAAAAAGUUUAUCACCACUUCUAGUGAUGAGUUUGACACUACCUGGCAAGAGAUGUUAAAUCAGGCCAAUAUUAAAUUAACGGAAGCUGAAACGAUGAAGAAGGAAAGUGAACGAUUACACCAACAAUCAAUGAAAGAUUUUCAUUCAGCCGAAGCUGUGGUCGCUAAUUUAGAAAGAAAAUUAAAGGGAUCCCUCCUAAAGUCGAGAAUAUAUUUCGCUGAAAAACGAAGAUUCCAGGAGCAACUGGCUCUAGUCAAGGAGGAGAUUGAAUUAACCAUUAGUCAAAUUAAUUGUUCCAAAGCUCGUUAUGCAUCAACACUAAGGGAAUUGGAAGCAAUUUCGGAGGAAAUUCAUGAGAAACGAGCUUGUUCCCUGUUGAAACGUUUAAAACGUGAACCAGGAGAUGGAGCAGAAUUUAAACCCGGUUUAAUUUCCCUUGAUUCCUGUGAGAUAAUGAUUAAUUCACAAUUGGCUAAACUUGAUUUACAAAUCAAUGAAACUCUCAACUGCCAACAUCCAAUUGAACCUUUCCAAGAACUGUCAAUAUCCCAAACACCACCACCACCAACAACAACAACAGAUCAUCCAGAUGACCACAGUUCAAUGGAUAACAAUAUAAACCAAGCCUCAACAUCUGAUGUCAUAAUCAACAAUAACUGUCCAUCAUCAACAGAAUCUAAUGCUUCUCAAUCAAGUGAUAAAGAAGAUAAAGAAGACGAGGAAGAAGAUGAGAUGAUUUAUAGUGAUGUGAAUACGGGAGAUGACGAUGAUGAUGCAGAUGAUGAAGAAUCACCAUUGGUAUCUUCAGCUGAUGAGAAUACAAAAAGAGAAGCGAUUAAAGAAAUUGUUUUAAACAUGGAUAAAGAUAAAGUUGAAUUUCAUCUCGAAGCUGAUGAUAAACCUGAAGAGGAAGAAGAUGAAGAUUCUGAUCAAGAUGAUGAUGAAUAUGAAGAUGUUGGUGAUGAUUUAAAAAUGACUUCAUCUCAAAGUUCUGGUUCUACUCAUGACCAAUCAAAUGUUUCCAAAGUAAAUGGUUCGCUUUUAAAUGGAUCUGAUAACUUUAAAUAGUUUAAUUGUUGACAAAUAAUUGGAAUAAUUAGUUAAUUCAAUGUGCUCUCUCACUGCUUCUGCUGUUGCAUUUAAUGUAAAUAUGAUCACAUCAUCUUCAUCAUCUUCAUCAUCAUCAUCACUUGCACCUUAUACUCAAAUAUUUAUUUUUGUCAUAUUGAUGAAAACAAAAAAUCACAAACAAUUGAAUCAAGUUAAUCCCACAAUUCAAAAGCCAUCAACAAUUUAAAUGUUCAAUAUGAUACAAAAUAAUUUUGCUAAUCAAAAUGCUCUUGAUUAUUGUUAUAUUGAGUGCAGAAGUCAAUUAACUUUUAAUCAUCUAAUCAACUUUACAGAGCAAAAAUGACCGAAAAUUUUUUUCCCUUUUAAUUUAAAAUCUCAUCUCAACGAAUCAACUAUUUAUAUAAAUCAAAUUAAUCAACACAACAAACAAUUAACUCAACAUCAAAUGGAUCCCAUCAAUUAACUGGAUUUCACCAUUCAAAAUGAUUAACCAAAUUAAACUUAAAUGGUUACUAAUAAUCAA